AUGUUUAUUUUAAUAUUUACAAACUGUUCAGGGUGUAAUCAUGCUAAGCCACCUCUUAGUGGAUCAUUAACAUGCAAAAAUUAUGGGGAAACAGAAUUCUGUCAAGCAACAUGCAUUGACAAAUAUAAAUUUCCCGACGGUUCAAUCGUUAAGAGCUACAAUUGCUCUUUCAAUGGAAACAUAUGGAGUAAAAUUGAGAUAAUUCCUGAUUGUGAACCUGCAAUACCUGGUAUCGGUUGUAAUAUUGUUAUAGGACAAAAACAAUUUUCUGUAUGUGUGACUGAUCCAAGAGUUCAGCGUUGCAGAUCAGAAUGUAUAGAUGGAUAUAAUUAUCCUGAUGGUUCGAAAGAAAUAAUAACUACUUGCACUAAAAGUGAUGGUAAAUAUGACCCCGUAAAGGAAAUUCCUGACUGUGAAAUCGCAGGUGUUGAAGAUACAGAAGACAAAAGCUCCACUGAAGCAAACAAUUUUGAACCAGGUGUUGAAGAUACAGAAGACAAAAACUCCACUGAAGCAAACAUUUGAAUUUUAAGUCUUAUUUUAUUAAUUACGGAAAAUAUUAAUCAUUCUGAAUACUACAUUUAAUUUUAAUUGACAAAAAGUAAAAAAAAAAAUCGAAAUAUUGUGUAAUUUAACUUUUCAUUUAGUUAUUGAAAAUCUGUAAUCUCAUAUAAUAAAUUAUAUAUAUUAAUUCAAUUAAUAUCAUAUGUAAUGCACAAUGUUAACAAAAAUUUCACCCAGUUAAUUAUUUCAAAAGCUAAUAGGAAAAUAAUUGUAAACCUUUAGUUGAUGUGUACUAUGUCAGUCAUACUUUAAAAUGACCCAGUGUUAUCUAAUUAAAUGAUGAUGCAAAUUUCUAUUCUUUCAGCUCUUAUAUAGAAGAGGACGGUUGUCAUCUCAGCCCCUAAUGAAAAUAGGCAAAAUUAUCAAUUAUAUAUAUGUAGCACAUAAAAGUAUAUGUACAAUUUCUUUUUAGUCCAUUCCUAAAUAUUAAGUGGAAUCUUGGAACAGGUAAAUGAUUCACUGCAUAACACUCAAGGCGGUAGCAGUGCAUCACUCCGUAACACAAAGGCAAUUCAGGAGUGGUUGAACGUGUGAUUAUGUUUAGGUUAGUAAUGAUGUGGCUAUGCAAAUAAUCCGAUUCAAUAGAAAAUAUGAAAUACCGUUAAAUUAAACACACAAACAUCACAGACGUUUGUAUAUGCCGUUUAAUAUGACAUCUGUACAUGCCUGUACAUAAUAUGAUAUGGAUAUGAACAUUUUCAUAUCCGUAUUAAUGCUAACUUGAACCUAACUAUAUAUUUAACCAUUUCUUCAAGACAGCGGAUGGCCGCGCGGUUUAACGUGUUUAUCGCUCUGUGAGACCCGGGAAGGAAUCCAGAUAGGUCGAAAAACAUUAAUAAUUUUUCUUGGAUUGUCCGUCCCAAAUAUGUCAGGCUCAUCGCCUCUCCAUCCGGCCGUCCAAUUAAGACCCUAACUUAACUCUCGAUGAAUUUGAUUAAAAAAAAAGUCUUCCCAGCACCCACAGAGCGAAAAAAAUAACCAUUAAUACAUUGCAUUCGUGUUAUGCAGUGAUGCAUUUU